AUGAACGGCGAGAGAGUCACUAUGUUCGGAAGCAAAAUGUGGCGUAGCAAAGUUCCACCACCAGACUCCCGUGAAGUGGAAGUCUCCGAGAUACCCGGUGGCAAGGUCUACGUUCACGAGGCUGGGCUCUUGUUGCCAGGAAGCGAUGGCCGUUGGGUCACUGUUGACACGAUCAAAGUCGGAUCGAAAACGAUGCCAGCCCAUAAAUACGGUCUGGAAGAAGAGCAAGGCGAGAAGCUGGUUUACACAGAAGAAGAAAAGAAAAUCGUCGAGAUUGUCAAGAAAAUCUGGGAAUCGAUCCUGAAGCAGCCGGUGUCAGAAGAGACGGACUUCUUCGAAUCAGGUGGAAGUUCAGCCGACGUUACUCGUCUCUGCGAAGAAGUCAAAUUCCAUACAAAAGCCGAACUUGAGAACACAGACGUUUAUAUGGCCCCGACAUUCGGAGAAAGCGUUGACUCUGUGAUCAAGAAACUUCGUGGAGGCGACAACAUUACCGUCACAUAUGACCCGAUUGUGAUGAACGUAAACGGUAUGGAGCUCAAGUUCCCCCAUGAAAUGUUCAUUAAUGGAAAGUUCGUGCAAUCGGCAAGUGGAAGGCUGUACGACACUAUCAACCCUAAUGACGAGUCAGUGAUUUGUAAGGUUCCGAAAGCAGACGUCAACGACUUGAACAAAGCGGUCGCUGCAGCCAAAGCGGUAAGUUCCCUGGGUUCCCGUUAA